AUCUUUUCCUUCCACAAACAAUAUUUUCUACCACUAAUUAAACACAAAAAAUCGUAAUCAUGAUUAAGGUUUGUCCAUUUAUUGGAUUAAAUGGUGAAAUAUGGGAUGAUAAGGAAGAUAAAGUAGUCAAGAUUUUUAUAUCUCAUGGUAGAAGAGUGAAUUUCAUUCAGUUUUUAUACAUAAAAAAUGGAUUCUUUGUCUUGUCCAAUAAACAUGGUGGUGAUGGAGGCUUAAGAUUUGAUACAAUUAAACUUGAUUAUCCCUCAGAGUUUAUCACUUGGAUACGUGGUUACUAUGUGGAAUUUCAUCCUACAGUAAUUCAACCUGCUAAUUAUGUGACAUCAAUCACAUUUGGUACAAAUAAAGCUACUUAUGGACCUUUUGGAACCCAUGAAAGUUCUGAUACUGAGUUUGAUUUUCAGUUUGGAACAGAUGGAGCUUUUGGUGGAUUUCAUGGCACAACUCAUAUUCAUUAUCUUGAAAGUAUCGGUGUUUAUAUCAAACCAAUUACUUGUUCUACAACAGUAGAGAACAGGGAAGCAAAUAACAGUGAUGUUUCAUGAAUUUAUGAAAUUCGAAUUUAGUGAAAAUUGAGUAGUAGCUCACUGACAAGGUCGUUGAUUGAUAUCUUAUCGGGGUUUUGGAUUUUCACUAGAUCAUUAUGUUUUCUUUUAUCUUUCUCUUAGACGUUCCUCUGCCUUAAAAGGAGACAUGGAUGUCAAGAAUUAGGGUAGAAGGUAGUCGAGCGGUUUCUCUCUCUUCUGUGAUGGAGUAUGGUUCUAAUUUAUAGCAUGUUAUGUGCUCCCCCUUCUCCGUAUCAAUGCUAUUAUUAUUCUAGUAUUUUCUUAUUCAUCAAUUUUUGUACUAAUGUUGUUUCUUAUAUUCUUUUAUUUUCUUCUUAGCUUUUUUUUUUUCUCUUGUAUUUUUCAAACCUAUUUGGAAACGCUUUUUUUUUUUUUGUGCCAAGGUAUGCGUGUGGGAUCAUAUACUGUGUAUGUAGUUAUUGUUGACAAAUAUGU